GCGGGAGUGCGCGCCGCCGUGGACGCCGAAAACCCAAUUUGGCGURAACGGAAAGUGAACGUGCGCGCGGAGAUCCGGCCUGGAGUAUGGCUCACAGGCCCAAACGGACUUUCCGGCAGCGCCAAGCUCAGUCCAGCGACAGCGAUGACGCCGAGGAUCCGUCAGCUGAAUCCGGGGCGCCCAGGGAGCCGUCGGCGCCGGGCCCGCAGGAGGAAGGCCCGCCCUCYGGAGGAGCCCGCGCGGAGGUGGCCGAACUGCCCUGCCGGGCCCGAGGUCCUCGGGGCCGGGGCCGGGUCUGGGCGAGUUCCCGGCGCGCCCCCGGAGUCGCUCCUCGUGCAGACAGCUCAGGGGGCCAAGAAUCCAGAACAGCUGAUCUUUCAACAGAUGAAGAAGAUGGAGCACAUCAUUCCUCAGGAAGUAAUGAUGAUCACAGUUCAUCUUCUGACAGCUUUAGCUCUCUGGAAGAAAAAGAAUCUUCAUCAAUAGUUAGGAUCCCUGAUGCAGCUUUUAUUCAGGCAGCCCGCAGAAAACGUGAAUUGGCCAGGGCCCAAGAUGACUAUAUUUCUUUGGAUGUAAAAUAUAACUCCACCACUCCUAAUACAAAGAGGAAUAGUGAUGAGGAUCCUGAGAGUGAGCCUGAUGACUAUGAGAAGAGAAUACCAUUUACCCCAAAGCCUCAGACACUUAGACAAAGAAUGACUGAAGAAACAACAAGUAGAAAUGAAGAAACAAGUGAAGACAGUCAAGAAGAUGAAAAUCAAGAUAUUUGGGAACAGCAACAAAUGAGGAAAGCAGUUAAAAUCACAGAGGGAAGAGAUAUAGACCUUUCCCAUAGUAGUAAAUCUCAAACAGUGAAGAAGUUUGAUGCUUCCAUUUCAUUUCCACCAGUAAAUUUAGAAGUUAUAAAGAAACAACUAAAUAACAGAUUAACAUUACUACAAGAUACUCAUCGCUCACAUCAGAGAGAAUAUGAAAAAUACAUGCAAGAUGUCAAGAGCUCAAAGAGUACAAUUGAGAACCUUGAGAAUUCAUCAAGUCAAGCUGCAAAUUAUAAAUUCUAUAAAAGCAUGAAAAUCUACGUGGAAAAUAUAAUUGACUGUCUUAAUGAAAAGAUGAUCAACAUCCAAGAAAUAGAAUCAUCCAUGCAUGCACUUCUUUUAAAACAAGCCAUGACCUUGAUGAAGCGCAGGCAAGAUGAAUUAAAACAUGAAUCAGCGUACUUACAACAGUUAUCACGCAAAGCUGAGACAUCAACAAAUGGAAGUUUGGCUAUAGAUGAAAAAUCUCAGUGCAUUUUAGAAGAUAUUGAAUCUCGAAGGAUACAAAGAAGACAAGCAAGAGCACUUUCUGGUAACUAUAACCAUCAGGAAGGGACAUCUAGUGAUGAUGAGCUGUCUUCUGCAGAGAUGACCAACUUCCAAAAAAGCCAAGGUGACAUUUUACAGGAUCAUAAGAAAGUAUUUGAAGAUGUGCAUGAWGAUUUUUGUAACAUCCAGAAUAUUUUAUUGAAAUUUCAGCAAUGGCGAGAAAAGUUUCCUGAUUCCUAUUAUGAUGCUUUUAUUGGCUUAUGCAUACCAAAACUUUUAAAUCCCCUAAUACGAGUCCAGUUGCUUGAUUGGAAUCCUCUUAAGUUGGAUUCCAUAGGGUUAAAACAAAUGCCAUGGUUCACGUGUAUAGAAGAAUUUAUGGAUAACAGUGUGGAAGAUGCAAAGAGAGACACUAGUUUUGAUAAAAAAAUUUUGUCUUCAGUCAUCAACAAGACAGUUAUUCCUCGACUUACAGACUUUGUAGAAUGCAUUUGGGAUCCAUUGUCAACCUCACAGACAACAAGUUUAAUAAACCAYUGCAGAGUGAUUCUUGAAGAACAUUCCACUUACGAAAAUGAAGUUAAUAAAAGCCAACAGGAUUUACUUAAAUCCAUUGCUUCAAGAAUGAAGAAGGCAAUAGAAGAUGAUGUUUUUAUUCCUCUAUACCCAAAGAGUGCUGUAGAAAAUGAAACAUCACCGCAUUCCAAGUUCCAAGAAAGGCAAUUCUGGUCAGCUCUGAAGCUCUUCCGCAAUAUUCUUCUUUGGAAUGGAAUCCUUUCAGACAACACCUUGCAAGAGCUAGGACUAGGGAAGCUGCUAAAUCGCUACCUUAUUAUAGCUCUUCUUAAUGCCAUACCUGGACCAGAUGUUGUGAAAAAAUGCAACCAGAUAGUAGUAUGUCUACCAGAAAAAUGGUUUGAAAAUUGUGCUACGAGGACAUCUAUUCCCCAGCUAGAAAACUUCAUUCAGUUGUUAUUGCAGUCUGCACAUAAAUUGUCUGGGGAUGAAUUCAGGUAA